GGAAGCAACACACUGCAGCAGUCCGGCAGCUCUAGUUCGGGAAGGACUUUAGGAGGCUGUGCCUCCGGGUUGCACGAAGAGUCCAAGUCAUUUCUCAGAAACCUCUGAUAGGUGGGUCUUAGCGGAAACGCCGCCGAGCACCGCAUGAAUCAGGAGACCCAUCCCCGGCUGACUGCCUGGGAAGAGAUGUAGAAAUUGGCACGUCGCUGAGUGAAGAUGAGGAAGAGGCUGUAAAUCGACCAAAAGAGCCCUGAAGUGCUCUUUCGGCGUGAGAAGGCGAUGGCUGGUGGAAGGCGGGUGACCAGCACAAGGAAAGAUGCCUUAGCAGCAGCUCCAGAGAUCGAGCCAGGCCAGGUGGGAUGCACCAAGACCACCAUGGACGGAGCCCACAGCGCAGCCCUGCAGCUGCAGCAGCUUCCUCCCACUAGCAGUGCCGACUCCGCGAGCGAGGCUUCAUUCUCCUAUAAGGAAAACUUGAUUGGCGCCCUCUUGGCGAUUUUCGGGCACCUUGUGGUCAGCAUUGCACUUAACCUCCAGAAGUACUGCCACAUCCGCCUAGCAGGCUCCAAGGACCCUCGGGCCUAUUUCAAGACCAAGACAUGGUGGCUGGGCCUGUUCCUGAUGCUGCUGGGCGAGCUCGGUGUGUUUGCCUCCUACGCUUUCGCUCCGCUCUCCCUGAUCGUGCCCCUCAGCGCAGUCUCCGUCAUAGCCAGUGCCAUCAUAGGAAUCAUAUUCAUCAAAGAAAAAUGGAAACCUAAAGACUUUCUGAGGCGCUACGUCUUAUCCUUUGUUGGCUGCGGUCUGGCCAUCGUGGGCACCUACUUGCUGGUGACAUUCGCACCCAACAGUCAUGAGAAGAUGACAGGCGAGAACAUCACCAAGCACCUCGUGAGCUGGCCUUUUCUCCUGUACAUGCUCGUGGAGAUCAUCCUGUUCUGCUUGCUGCUGUACUUCUACAAGGAGAGGAACGCCAACAACAUCGUUGUGAUUCUCCUCUUGGUGGCAUUACUUGGCUCGAUGACCGUGGUGACGGUAAAGGCCGUGGCUGGGAUGCUCAUCUUGUCCAUACAGGGGAACCUGCAGCUCGACUACCCCAUCUUCUACGUGAUGUUCGUGUGCAUGGUGGCGACCGCUGUCUAUCAAGCCGCGUUUUUAGGUCAAGCCUCCCAGAUGUACGACUCCUCUUUGAUUGCCAGUGUGGGCUACAUCCUGUCCACGACCGUCGCCAUCACAGCAGGCGCGAUCUUUUACUUGGAUUUCAUCGGGGAGGACGUGCUGCACGUCUGCAUGUUUGCACUGGGGUGCCUCAUCGCAUUCUUGGGCGUCUUCUUAAUCACACGUCACAGGAAGCGGGCCAUUCCCUUCGAGCCCUAUAUCUCCAUGGAUGCCAUGCCAGGUAUGCAAACCAUGCAUGACAAGGGGAUGACAGUGCAGCCCGACCUCAAAGCUUCUUUCUCCUACGGGGCCCUGGAAAACAAUGACAACAUUUCUGAGAUCUAUGCUCCUGCCACACUGCCUGUCAUGCAGGAAGAACACAGCUCCAGAAGCGCCUCCGGGGUUCCCUACCGAGUCCUGGAACACACCAAGAAGGAAUGAGCCUGCCUCGAAGGAGACUCACCUGCCCUCCAUUUAUAGCUGCUCAAGCCGUGCUGACAGUGGUUCAACCCUUAAUUCUGAAACUUGGCUUUCAAGCCUUUUUUUUUUUUUUUUUUAAAUCCAAGAACUCUAUGGAUGAGGAUCUUGAAAAGCCUUUGACUCUGGCAAAGGGUAGAUUAUCCUGGUCCUGGAAAUUUCAAAUGAUGAGGGUGGGGGUUGAAAGCAGUAUUCUAGGUGAGGGGUACGGAGUUCAGCCCAACCAGUUUUGCAAGGUCUUUGUCAUCCUUGAGGAUGGUGACUGAAGCUUCCCCCAGUCAGUGACCAAAGGUGGCCACAUUCUUCAGAACUGAAACAAGGCCAAGAUUCUGCUCUUACUUUCCAAAUCCACUGAAAGGCUGGAGACCUCUAAAUCCAGUCUUCCCCCACCUCCUGUACAGACCUGAUGUCUACCCGGCUCACUGAUUCUGUACCUGUGAUAACAUUUGUGUCACCUUCACAUGGCAUGGUGAGCCAGCCCUGGGUGUAACAUUCUGUCACUCGCCUGUUAGAAGCGCACAUCUGCUUUCUGAUUGUGCAUUUCCAGCGAACAUGUGCUUGAUGUCUUUGUCCUGGAUCUACCCUGAAAACUAACUUGGUUUUGGUUCUGUGAACUACAUGAUUGCUUUCCUCCCCAAUCCCCCAACCAAAGGAAACUGAGACUUAAGAGAAGGGGAAGAAGAAGAAAGACAGGAGCAGGGGUGAUGAGACUUCUGCCCAUAAAGGAAGAAAAAUCCCUUUUCAUUUUGCAAAAGGUGAUUGCAUCACUUAUAAAAGGACAGACAGGCAACCUGGCUGUUUCCUGUGUAUUUUCCUGCACAUCUGGUGCCCUCUGGGAGAACUAGGGGUGCUCAUUUCAGAGACAGCCUCGCUCACUCUCCUCCAUCCUCUCCUUUCUAGAUCAACAAACCAAACCUGAGUCAUUGGUUAACUUCCUUGGUGUCGGUAGACUCUUUGGGUCCUCAUUCCUGGGCACAUACAUCUGGGAGAAGUAAGCCUCCUCAGAAAUGGGGCUGCUGUGUCUGGCUGGCUGCAUACACAAACGUCUUCCCCUAGACUGACUGUGUACUAUUGAGAAUGGCAGAUAAAGCUUUGCAAACUCUCAUGAAAAUAAAGCUCCCUUAGAGAGUUUAUUUAAAAUGCAGAUUCUUACACCCCAACCAGACACUCUGAUUAAGUGGGACUGGGACCAGGCCCCAGAGUCUGCAUUCUUAACUGACAGCACAUGUGAUUCUGAGGCAGGUAAUCCAAAUAUCACACACCUUGAAAGCCUGAUAACUGAGAGGAAUGGUUUGCUAAAAGCCCGACACACCCCUGCUGGGAAGUCGAAAUUACCAUUCCUGGUUCCUCUUGGGGGUUCAUUUGGCAGGCCGAAUAAUCCCCAUAGGGUUUGUGGCAUUCCUCCAUCCAGUGAUUACUCACUAGAACUACACUUAACAGCUUUCUUAGGCAACCUUGAACCAAGAGGCAAGAUAACAGUGUUAAUAGACCAGUGUUGAUAGAUCAUUAACCUUUAUGGAUUGUGCUUAAUACUGAUUUAGUACCUUGACUUCAAAACCGAUGUCUGUUUCCUGUGAUAACCACUUCUGUAUUGUGUCUUAACCACUUCUGUAUUGUGUCUUACAUGCCUAAGAAGGUAACAGACAGCGACUUUUUUUCCUUUAGGAUAGGUGUCAACUUAAUUAAACAAUAUUCAUGAGACACUUA